UUAACACAAAAAAUCCCCACAGGGUGGAGUCUGAUCGGUUCUUUCACUCUUUCACUCUGAGGUUUGGUAUCAAAAUUGCAAAGAGGUCUUGACUGGCUCCAUGAAAUGUGCUCGAGGCUGAGGACUCUGCUGAAUCCUAACCGAGCACCAUUUGGAAUGGAGACUUCACUUUUAGAGCUGCCAGCUGACAAAGUACAACGCAUUGCUGCUGAACUCAGAUGUCACCCAACUGAUGAGAAGGUCGCCCUCCGCCUAGAUGAGGAAGAUGUGCUAAGACAUUUCAGGGAGCAUUUUUAUAUUCCCAGAAUGAAGGAUCUGCCUCCAAUUGAUUUAUCCUUAGUGAAUAAGGAUGAUGAUGCCAUCUACUUUUUGGGACAUUCUCUUGGCCUUCAACCAAAAAUGGUUAAAACAUAUCUUGAAGAAGAAUUAGAUAAGUGGGCCAGAAUAGGAGCCUAUGGUCAUGACGUAGGAAAACGUCCUUGGAUUAUAGGAGAUGAAAGUAUUGUAGGCCUUAUGAAGGAUAUUGUAGGAGCCAGCGAGAAAGAAAUCGCCUUAAUGAAUGCUUUGACUGUCAAUUUACAUCUCCUACUGUUAUCAUUUUUUAAGCCCACACCAAAACGGUAUAAAAUUCUUCUAGAAGCCAAAGCCUUCUCUUCUGAUCAUUAUGCUAUUGAGUCACAGCUUCAACUGCAUGGACUUGAUGUUGAGAAAAGUAUGCGGAUGAUAAAGCCAAGAGAGGGGGAAGAAAUCUUAAGAAUGGAAGAUAUUCUUGAAGUAAUUGAGAAGGAAGGAGACUCAGUUGCAGUGAUCCUGUUCAGCGGGCUGCAUUUUUACACUGGACAGCUCUUUAACAUUCCUGCUAUUACUCACGCUGGCCAAGCAAAGGGAUGUUUCGUUGGCUUUGAUCUAGCACAUGCAGUCGGAAAUGUUGAACUUCACUUACAUGACUGGGGAGUUGAUUUUGCCUGCUGGUGUUCCUACAAGUACUUAAAUUCAGGGGCAGGAGGUCUUGGUGGUGCCUUUGUACAUGAAAAACAUGCCUAUACAGUUAAGCCUGCGUUAGUGGGAUGGUUUGGUCAUGAACUUAGCACCAGAUUUAAAAUGGAUAACAAGCUGCAGUUAAUCCCUGGGGUCAGUGGAUUCCGGAUUUCCAAUCCUCCCAUUUUGCUGGUCUGUUCCCUGCAUGCCAGUUUGGAGAUCUUUAAGCAAGCAACUUUAAAAGCAUUGAGGAGCAAAUCCAUUUUGUUAACUGGUUAUCUGGAAUACAUGAUCAAGCUUUACCGUACCAAAAAGAAAGCAGAAAUCAAGGGACCAGUUGUGAACAUAAUUACACCAUCCCAUAUAGAGGAGCGGGGCUGCCAGUUGACACUCGCAUUUUCUAGAACCCAAAAAGAUGUUUUUGAAGAACUACAAAAAAGAGGAGUGGUGUGUGACAAGAGAGAACCCCAUGGCAUUCGAGUCGCUCCAGUUCCUCUCUAUAAUUCUUUUCAUGAUGUUUAUAAGUUUGUCAAUUUGCUCACUUCUGUACUUGAGUCUGUAUAAGUAAAAGAUUAGCAAUGUUUCAUUA